AUUGCGUUCCGUGCGGGGGGAGUUUCGGACCCGGAUGCUGGUUCCCGGUCCGGUUCGGAGCGAGGAAAAGAAGCGGAGGUAGCGCCCGUCCGUCAGGAGUGGGCACUAUCCUGCGGCAGCGGGGAGGGGAUGAUCGGGCGGGGGGAGUCGUUUUGUACUGGCGGCUCUCCCUUCCCACUUCUACCCCCCCUGAGUCCCGGCGGGGGAUGGUGUGUCCCACAGCGCGCGCCUUGCUCGCGCGGUUCGGCGGCUCGGCGGGGGGAGGGGACGGGAGACCCGGGCCCCGGCGGCUCUGCACAGUGAACGCGGGGGACAGCGGGGAGGGGGUGCCGGGGGGGGCGCCGUGUCGGCGGCCGGGACCAUGUCGGCGGACGAGGAGUUGAAAGUCCCGGAGGAGAUGUUCAAAGAUGUCAAGUUCUUCGUGGUGGGAGACAUCGACCCCAAGGUUAUUCAACUUCUGAAAGCUGGGAAAGCAAAGGAAGUCUCUUACAAUGCACUGGCUUCACAUAUUAUUUCAGAAGAUGGGGACAAUCCAGAAGUUGGAGAAUCUCGUGAAGUUUUUGAUCUCCCUGUGGUAAAGCCUUCCUGGGUGAUCUUGUCUGUUCGCUGUGGAGCUCUUCUGCCUGUAAAUGGCUUUUCACCAGAAUCGUGUCAGAUCUUUUUUGGAGUCACUGCCUGUCUCUCUCAGGUUUUAUCUGAAGACCGAAGUACGCUGUGGGCUUUGAUUACUUUUUAUGGAGGGAAUUGCCAGCUGAGCCUCAAUAAUAAGUGUACUCAUUUGAUUGUGCCUGAGCCAAAGGGGGAAAAAUAUGAAUGUGCUUGUAAACGGGACAGCAUUAAAAUUGUGACACCAGACUGGGUACUAGAUUCUAUAGCUGAUAAGACUAGAAAAGAAGAGACUCCUUAUCAUCCUCGUUUAAUUAUAUACGAGGAGGAAGAAGAGGAGGAGGAGGAAGAGGAGGAAGAAGCAGAAAACGAAGAACAAGAUUCUCAAAAUGAAGCUAGUACUGAUGAAAAAUUAUCAAGCCCUGCAUCUUCUCGAGAAGGAUCACCUUUGGGUGAUCAAGUUUUUUCACCGAAAUCUACUACUGCUGAUAAGGCAAAAGGGGAACUGAUGUUUGAUGAUUCUUCAGAUUCCUCUCCAGAAAAGCAAGAAAGGAAUUUGAAUUGGACACCAGCUGAAGUCCCCCAGGCAUCUACAGCAAAGCGUAGGUUGCCUCAAGGGAAAGACUCUGGGUUAAUUAAUUUAUGUGCCAAUGUCCCACCAGUGCCAGGUAAUAUUUUGCCUCCAGAUAUGAGAGGCAAUCUAAUGGCUUCAGUACAAGGUGCCCAAAGUUCUGAUCGACAGGAAAUGAUGGCUACGUGGAGUCCAGCCGUGCGGACAUUAAGGAAUAUUACUAAUAGUGCUGAUAUUCAGCAGAUUAAUAGACCAUCAAAUGUAGCACAUAUAUUACAAUCACUUUCAGCACCUACAAAAAGUUUAGAACAACAAGUAAAUCAUAGCCAACAGGGACAUCCAAAUGUGGUGCUGUUUAGUCAAGUGAAACUAACACCAGAGACACAUUUAUUACAGCAGUCACAUCAAGCACAGCAGCAACAGCACCAUCCUCUUUUACACCUUCAACCUCAACAACUUAUGCAGCUACAACAGCAGCAGCAGCAACAGCCCCAGAUUUCCCAGCAGUCUUUCCAACAGCAACAGCCUCAUCAGUUUUCGCAACAGCAAGUUCAUCAGCAGCACCAGUUCACACAGCAGCAGCUUCAGUUUCCCCAGCAGCAGUUACAUGCUCAACAGCAGCUACAUCGACCUCAGCAACAGCUCCAGUUCCAACAGCAGCAUGCUUUGCAACAGCAACUUCAUCAGUUGCAGCAGCAGCAGCUACAGCAGCAACAGUUGCAGCAGCUACAGCAACAGAAUCUGCAACAACAGCUGCAACAUCAGCAGCUGCAACAUCAGCAGCAGCAAAUGCAGCAGCAGCACUUGCAGCGAUUACACCAACAGCAUCAGCAACAACAAAUGCAGAAUCAGGCAACACAGCACUUAACUCAGACAUCUCAAACACUACAGCAUCAAGUUGCAGCCCAGCAGCCACAACACCACCAGCAGCAACAGCAACAACUGCAACAGCAGCCACUUUUUGGACACGAUCCAGCAGCGGAGAUUCCAGAAGACUAUUUCCUACUGGGCUGUGUCUUUGCAAUUGCUGAUUACCCAGAACAGAUGUCUGACAAACAGCUGUUAGCAACCUGGAAACGGAUCAUUCAAGCACAUGGUGGGACAGUGGACCCUACCCUAACAAGCAGAUGUACACAUCUUCUUUGUGAAAGCCAAGUCAGUAACAUGUAUGCUCAGGCUUUAAGAGAAAGGAAGAGAUGCAUUACAGCACAUUGGCUCAACUCAAUCUUGAAGAAGAAGAAAAUGGUACCACCUCAUCGAGCCCUUCAUUUUCCAGUGGCAUUUCCACCAGGAGGAAAGCCAUGCUCUCAACAUAUAAUCUCUGUGACAGGAUUUGUUGAUAGUGACAGAGAUGACCUGAAACUGAUGGCCUACCUAGCAGGUGCCAAAUACACAGGCUAUCUCUGUCGCAGCAAUACCGUUCUCAUCUGUAAAGAACCCAGUGGCUUGAAGUAUGAGAAAGCUAAAGAGUGGAGAAUACCAUGUGUAAAUGCGCAAUGGCUCUGUGACAUACUGCUAGGAAAUUUUGAAGCUUUACGGCAGAUACAGCACAGUCGGUAUACGGUAUUCAGUCUUCAGGAUCCGCUUUCUCCUAGUCAACAUCUAGUUCUAAACCUUCUGGAUGCUUGGAGAGUCCCAUUAAAGGUAUCACCAGAACUUCUAAUGGGUGUGAGAUUGCCUUUGAAACCAAAGCAAAAUGAAUCCAGUCUUCAGCCAUCUUCUAAAAGAGCAAGGAUUGAAGACCUACCACCACCUACUAAAAAACUCACCCCAGAACUGACACCAGUGGUGCUCUUCACAGGAUUUGAGCCUAUGCAAGUUCAGCAGUACAUUAAGAAACUGUAUAUCCUUGGAGGUGAAGUAGCAGAAUCUGCCCAGAAAUGUACCCACCUAAUUGCCAGUAAAGUGACGCGAACUGUCAAAUUCCUGACAGCAAUUUCUGUAGUCAAGCACAUCGUAACUCCGGAGUGGUUAGAAGAGUGUUUCAAAUGCCAGAAGUUUGUUGAUGAGCAGAACUUUGUGCUCAGAGAUGCUGAAGCUGAGGUACUUUUCUGCUUCAGUUUAGAGGAGUCUCUGAAGAGAGCACAAGUAGCUCCACUGUUCAAGGGAAAAUAUUUUUACAUUACACCUGGAAUUUGUCCUAGUCUUUCCACCAUGAAAGCUAUUGUGGAAUGCGCUGGAGGAAAAGUAUUAUCUAAACAACCUUCUUUUCGAAAACUCAUGGAGCAUAAGCAGAAUAAAAGUUUGCCAGAGAUAAUCUUGAUUUCCUGUGAAAAUGACCUUCAUUUAUGUCGAGAAUAUUUUGCAAGAGGCAUAGAUGUCCACAAUGCUGAGUUUGUCCUGACUGGAGUACUUACUCAAACACUGGAUUAUGAAUCAUAUCCUUUUUGUGUGAAGGCUGUCUGCUGCUAAGGGAAGUGUGGUUUGCUAGAAGUUUUUCUUAACUAGGAACUGAUAUUUAGGUUUUUUGGGAUGUGUAAUGUUUACUUGAUAGGAGGCUAGUUUAACACGUAGAAACCUAGCUUAAAUUCAGAGUGGAAUUACUUUUUGAUAGGAAAUACUUCGGGGAGGUGGGAGUCAGGGUUGUCAAAAAGUAAUAGUAGUAGAGUAUUAAGCAACAGGAAAAAAGCACUUGUCACUAAGGAUAAUACUUCUCAGGAUUUACUUGCAGGUGAGGAAAAUCCCUUUUUGCUGAAGAAGAUUAUAAACCUUGUUUGAUAAAUGAAGUGAAGGGACCAGUAAGGGUUCUGUGUCUUUAUGCAUGUUUUUUAUAUAAUUUCUAUUUUGCAGUCACUUCUUGAAGUUCUUCUUUCUUAACAAGCAUACAUAUAAAUUUACUUGAUGGAUAGUAAAAUGCCUUACUGCUUCGGAAUCCUUGGAGCAUUAAAUCUAGCUGUUCAGCCAUUGUACAAAGCAACUAAAACUUCCUGUGGAUGCUGUUUUCCAGCUGUUUUCCUAGGGAUGAUGA